UACUCCCACCUCUCUCCUCCUCGUCUUCCUCACUUCCACUUAGAUAGAUGAAUUUAUAUUUUAUUUUUUUACGCGCUAAAUCCACCCGCGAAAUCUACCCGCGGAUGCGAGCGAGCGGGCGCCGCUGAGGUGGUGGUGGUGGUGGAGGUGGCUCCAAUGGCGGAAUCGUGAGGGGGUUGAGGAAGGAGGAGGGAGGAGGAGGGAGAGAGAAGGGGGGAGCGGAGAUGAUACGGUACCAGAUACGGAACGAGUACGGGCUGUCGGAUCCGGAGCUGUACGCGCCGGGGGAGAAGGAUGACCCGGAGGCGCUCCUCGAGGGGGUCGCCAUGGCGGGGCUCGUCGGCGUGCUCCGCCAGCUCGGGGAUCUCGCGGAGUUUGCAGCUGAAAUAUUUCACGACCUGCAUGAAGAUGUGAUGGCCACUGCUUCUAGAGGGCAUGGUUUAAUGCUUCGGUUGCGACAGUUAGAGGCAGAAUUUCCUGCAGUUGAGAAGGCCAUUAUAUCCCAGUCUGACCAUUCAAAUUACCCACAUGAUGACGGUGUUGAGUGGCACACAAAUCUUCAGAUUGAUCAAAAUAUGAUUACUCAAGGAGAUAUGCCCCGUUUCAUUUUGGAUUCAUAUGAAGAAUGCCGUGGCCCACCACGUUUAUUCACAUUGGAUAAGUUUGAUGUUGCUGGUGCUGGGGCCUCCUUGAAACGAUACUCAGACCCAUCUUUCUUCAAGACAGAACAUUCCUCGGACAUGAUAGAAACGGAUGCUGUGAUAGAAAAGAAGCCCCGCAAAAUUAAGAAAAAAGCUUUGCGUUGGAGGAAAGGAGAAACACUCGAAUCAUUGCUUAUCGCAAACUCUGAAUCCCACACUACCUCAAAGGAUCGAUCAUCUAGAAAAGUUCCACCAAGGACAACAAAGUUGAAAUACAGGUAUCCUCGGGAGUCUGAUCAUAAGAACAUUAGCAGAAUAUGCAGAGAGCAUCUGCAAGAAAUAAUCUCAUCACAACAAAAGAUCUUCUCCAACUAUUCUUCGAGGUACUACCAUCCAAAGUUUAGAUUAACUGAGUCAAGUGAAACGGCAUCCUCAUUUGGAGAAAUAGAUAAUUUCAGUGCUCGUGCUCAAUCUUCUGCUAAACUUGAACUGACUAAGGUUGUUCCAAUAAACGAGUUUGAUACCAAGGGGAUCGCACCUACACACAUUAAUGGUUCAGAUUGCCUGGAGGCCCUGGAGGCAGAUGAUAGGCAAUUACAGGCUACACAGCAUGAACCUGACAAAGUGGAAGACGUCUGUAAGAGAUCUCUUGUGGAACAAAAUGCCAUGCUCUCCAACUCUGAUAGGAUGCAGUCAGUGCAGGAAGAGAAUCUUCUAUCAGCUAUGGUCCCUGCUGAUCAAAAUGAUGAUCGCUGCAGACCUGAUGACACUGGUAGUGAUCAGGAGAACUUCGUGGACGCUCUUAAUAACAUGGAAUCAGAGGGUGAAGCACAUGCUGAGAUGAAAAUAAAAAAGGACCCUGGUGCCAAGAUGGAAUUGGAUGAAUUGAACUUUCACCGCGAUGAAGGUGAAAAUGAACGGCACACAGAGUUUUCAGAACUAGGUCAUGUAAUAGACUCAUCACCAUGGUUGAAUGAUUCAUACAAUGGUGGAGAACCAAACCAUGCAAUAUCUUCUAAUACAAAUUUCAGUGGUGUUGAUUGCACCAAUGAUGAAGAGCCUUCUAAUGAUGUUGACCUAAUGGAAAUGGAUGUCAGCUCAUCAUCCAGUGUAUUCUCUGACGACAAUGAUGUUUUUAGGACCAAUGGUAAUAUGAAUGGUUUUCAACAAUACCAGGAGGCAUCUUUGUCCAAUGAUCAUCAUGCUGUGAUUGCCCAUAGUUCUGAUAAACAGUCAUCCCAGAAAUCUAGUGGCUUGGAUGGUUCCUCUAUCGAAAGCAAUGAUUUUAUUGAAAAACCAUUUCACUCAUUGGAGGAUGAUAAAAACUUUGCACCAGAUGGUACUUCUGUGAUAUUGGGCAGACCUAAUGAUGUAUCACAGUGUGAAGAAGAAAUUGAAGUUGGAAAUGCUGAUGAUUCAUUGCUGCAACCUACCAUUUCCAAUCAAGAAGUACAUAGGUCCAAUAACCAACUUGAAGGUGUGGCUAUGCACGCAAGCAUUUCAUCUGGAAAAGUUGCAUCUUUCCCUGAUAUGGAUCCUGGUAUGUGCACAAAGGACUUGGAGUUGGACAAUGUUUUAGUUCCUAAAGAAACUGUUGCAAAUACACCCCCAACAGGUUUAGGUACUGAUCAUAUCCACGAGCAUGUGGACGAGCUUGAUUCGGGAGUUGCACCAAUCAAUUCAAGCAUUCAGAGUGAUUCGACAUAUGAAUCAGAUGAUGAUGACAUGGCUGAAGAUUUGAACUCUCUACCAGAAGAUGAUCUAUAUAAGCAUGACGUAGAGGACCUAUAUAAGCAUGUUUUAGAGGAUGAUGGAAUAAUUGCGCUAGGAAAAGGGCCUUGUUCCACUAGGGCCAACAUGCAUCAAGAGGACCCUAUGGAAGUCUCUGAUGUGCGUGGGGACUUCUCUAAUGGUCAAGAGCUCCCAGUACUCACUGAAACUGCAUCUCCUCAAGGAGAAUUAGUAGGAGGAGGAGAGCUCCCAUUACUCACUGAAACUGCAUCUCCUCAAGGAGGAGAAGAAGAUCUUGCAGAUGAGGUGGUUGUGAUCUCUUCUCGUGAUCUGAAUGAUGAGAAGAAGCCAUCGUUGGCUGAGGUCCCACUAGCUUGCGGUGAUGCCUCUCUGCUUGACAGUAGUGCUUCCUGUUUGGAACAUGACGAGUCUACUGAAACAGGAGAAAUUGCAAAAAGUGAUGAAGUUCUGGUCAAUGUUGAGGUUGCAGAAGAAUCCAUCACUGGCAGGUUUACUGAUGACAUGACACCUUUUCAAGAGGAUCUUCCUGAUGGUGCCAAAUAUAGUGAGGAUGCAGAAUUUUUGGCUAAUCCUAGGGUGGACAACUCUAGGCACGAUGUGCAAUUACAGUCUAGUUCCCCUUGCAGGGAAGAGUUGGAAACAGUGAAAGCUCCAUGUGAAAAUCUUUGUGCAUUAGAUGAAUCAAGAGAGCAUAUAUUCGAGAAAAGUGUGUUGCAGAUAAACAAUCUUCCCCAGCAUAUUGAAACAAAAAAUACAGGUGAAGCAUGUAGUGACAUUGAUGAUAUUCAACAUCUUUCAGCAUUGCAUUGUCCGAAAAAUCCUGUUUGUCAAGAGGAAUUACCAGACGAGACCAAUCUUAGUGCUGACGUUCAGUAUCAUUGUGAUGUGGAGAAGGGUGGUGCAGUAAUCUUGAAUAGUAAAAUGGUGGAAGAACAACCAGAAAAUAUUGAUUUGGUGAGGGAGCCUCGUGCUCAAGAUUCUUUUGGUACAAACCCAUUCAUGGAUCCUGGGUACAAAGCGAAUCAUGCUCUAGCUGAUCCGUGUCCUAGCUAUCAACCAUGUUUCUCUGAGGAAGAACAGGAUUUUAUUUCAGAACUAUUAAUCCCUCAUGGUAAUAUGGGAAUCGAAGACCUGAAUCCGGUUCCGGUUGCUGAUUCCCUCUGGGAACCUGCAACUCCACCUGAUGAGGUGCCAUUGCCAUCAGAAGUUAUGACUGAGGAGGACUUCAGAUCGUUCUGCCAUGAGUACCACGAGAUGGAUCUGACAGCAACGCCUGAAAGUAUUGAUGAUAAACCAGCCUCAGAUUCUAAUGUCGUCUCAAGUAGUUUGGUGACCAGUGAGUCGGAGUUCCUCUAUUGUGUCUCUGCAGUACGGACAGGAGUGGACCAGGAGGAAUCCAGGGAUGCUCCAGAUGAUACAUUGAUGCACUUUUCUGCCAAAGCGGAUCCUGAUGACAAGGCAGCAAAUUCUGACUUAAAAUCCGAUGAGCCCUUCAUUGAUGAGAAAAUUCAUGAAUUAGGUGUCCCUUCUGUUCCAAUGGAACUAGAGGUGGAACAACAUGCCUUGCAUGAGGUUGAUUCUCAUGGUGAUUCCCAGUUGUUGGAUAAUGACAUGAUCGAUGAAACAUGUAGCUCUCCUUCAGGCAACAGUAUUGCAGUGAAAGAUAAACAGGAAACCUGUGCCAAUCUUGUUUCACGUGCUUUUAUUAAUGAAAGGACAGAUGAACUAGAAGUUCCUGUGAGUAACUCCGUAUUGUUGGAACCAUCAGAAGAAGUUCAUGACUCGGAUGAAUAUAAUUACCAAGAUGUUCCAUGGUCUUCAACUGAUGAGGGGAGAGAUGAAGUGGAUGCCCAUCCGUUGAGCAAACGAAUUCAAACCCAGGGAUCAGAAGCUCUUGUUUUAGGCGAACUUGAUUCUCGAGCUGUUCCAUCUUGCUCUGUUAAUGAGAUGGCAGAUCAUGUAGAUGCCCCUCCUUUGAGUACUGUUCUUGAAGCAGAACAGGAACCAGAAGAUUGUAUAUCAGGAGAGCAUAAUUCUCAAGUCACCAAAUCUUCUUUGGUUGAUGAGAAGAUAGGUGAACUGGAUGAUGCCUCUCCAUUGAGCAAUACUCUCCUAGCGGAAAUGGAGAGAGAAGUUUGUGUCCCAGGAAAAUCUGCUUCUCAAAUCGCUUCAUGUUCUCCAACACCAAGUAAUGAGAAAAUAGAUGAACUAAAUGCCCCUCCGUUGAGCAGUUCUGGUUUAAUAGAACUCGAGUCAGAAGACAGUGUCUCUGGUGAUCUUGAUUCCCAAAUCAUUCCGUGCUCUUCACCUAAUGAUAAGACUAAUGAACCAGAUGGUGCUACAUCAACUCAUGUUCUUCCGGUGGAGUUAGAGCAGGAAGUGUGUUCAUUCCCAGAAUUGGAUUCUCUAGUUGCUCCAUGUUCCUUGAAUGAUGAUAAGGUUUGUGAGCUAGAUGAACCUCCAUGCAAGCAAUUGGAAUCAGAGAACGGAUCUUAUUGCUUGCCUCAAGUUGAUUGCCAAAUCGAACCAUGUUAUUCAGAAUCAGUUGUACUAUCUGAGGCAUCGACAAUGUCUUCUGCUAAUGCCAUGCCAAGUACUGAGGAAACAUAUCGGUUGUCGUCUCCUGUUCCACCACCCAACGAACCGUUUUCAAAUGUUUCCUAUGAAGAUCCUCAAAAACCACCACCUCUCCCUCCUCUUCUAUGGAGGCUUGGAAAGCCUCGCUUAGGAAUUGCAAGUACAAAAGGCCAUAUGCUUGAGCCUGAAAGAGGGAAAGGUCCUGUUUUGCAUACUUCAGAUGCAGGGAUGGAUAAUAUGCCAGGUUGCCUAAGUGGAAUGACUGAAUCAAUAGAGCCGGUUUCCUCUCAAGAGAUCAAAGAGAGGCAUCUAGAUCCUAUAUUAGACAAUAAUGAGCGAGGAGUAGAGUUCAGAAGAUUGGCUACACCUCCGACAGCAAAUGAUGUUGCAGUGACUGAACAUGUUCAGUUAUUUUCAGAUGCUUGUGAGAACAUUAAGCAUCAGGAGCGUGUGUCUUCAUCAGAAACAGAGGCUGAGGAACAUCAGAAUGGCACUGGGAUCACAGAUGUAAUGGAUUCACACCCACCAAAACCAUUGUUUCUAGUUCCAUCAAUCAGCCAGCAGGGCCUUCAGGGGUCCGUUUUUCCUUCGGAUACUUCAGACAAUGGUGAGCAUUCUAGUUAUACUUCUCGAGCGGUAUCAGAGGAUGAAAAAACAGUGGAUGACCACAAUGCUGCAUGUGCCAUGGACUUGCACAUAACAAGCUCUUCAGCAUCAAGUCAUGUUUCAGAGAAUGGGUGUAACCAGCAAUCUCAUGGUGAAUCGCUCCCAGUGACUUCAGUUGAUAAAGUGCAUACUUCAGAUGCAUCAUGCGAGGACAACAAACUAAAAAACCAUUUUAUCACAAGCGAGGUGUGUUCAGACGCAACAAAUCUUUCUGCAUCAGGCUUGCUGACGGAAGAAGAAAAUAUCCAUAAUGUGGAGGAUCAGUAUGAAGGCCCAUUACCUAGUGAAGAAUCAUCAGGAUGUCUAGAUUACCCACAUGAUGACCACAAUUCGGAGAAAGAAGACAUACACCAGCCAGAUGGGUAUGCAGCAAGCCCUGGCAAUAAUAACCACUUUGAUAGCUCUCAUGAAGGUGGCUAUUUACAUGCCGAGCAGCCACCAGUCAUGGGCUGGACUGUGAGACCCCAGAUGCUUCAUCCAAAUUACGGCAUCUCAAUGGAAGAGAACCAAUUUGAACCAAAGGUUGAAGAUCAUCUACUAAUCAAGAAACCAGUUUCAAUUAGAAAUAUCCCAAGGAAUCCACUGGUUGAUGCUGUUGCUGCCCAUGAUAGAAGCACGAUGCGGAAGGUUUCAGAACUUGUGGCCCCAACUGAUAAGUCAAAACCUAAUGAAAGAAACCUGUUGCUAGAGCAGAUAAGGAACAAGACCUUCAACCUGAAGCCGGUGAGUUCAGCUAAGCAGCCAACAAUCAGAACCCCUCCUAGAGCCUCAACAAGGAACUUGAAAGUUGCUGCCAUAAUAGAGAAAGCGAACGCCAUACGACAGGCGGUUGGAAGCGACGAUGAAGACGGAGAUAAUUGGAGUGAAUCGAGUGACACAUGAACGCGCACAUUUUGCCCCAUUUUUGUGGCUGGAAGGUGCCGAAACUUCACGAAGCUCCUGCCUUCCUGGACAGGCUGCACAGCCAAUCUCAUCUUUUGGAUAGCGUUGCUAGUCUUGUGUAUAGUAUAUGCCCAUACAUCUUGUCUUUUUUUGCAUUCUUUUAGCCCGCAUUUGUAUGUAUACUUUCCUCUCCCAGCAGCAAAGGCUGCUGAUGGUAGUCAUGUUCCGAGGACUGUAUUAUUCAGGCCUAUAUGUAAAUUAUCAAUCUGUUUGUUUCAGUUAAAGCUGAUUUAUCUAACAUGACAGUCAUCUUUGUGUUUA